AAGAAAGCACAGACCGGAAUUGUUAAAAUACUCAAUAUGCACAGAAUACACAAGCUCAGAAAUGUGCAGAUUGACACAAGACAGCUUCAUCUCCUAAAAACAACGCGACUCUACAUGGAUUUUGACAUAGUGGUUGGACGAGAUGGUUGAGACGUCAGUGGAAAGAAAAUGUUUUUUAAACUCUACUUGGGCGCCGUUCAUUACAUCAUCCCUGUAUCUUAAUUACAAUGUACCGGAUCUACGCCAGCUGGUGGACCUUCUGCAGUAAAAGUCGUCCUCGAUCAUGUGUUAAGUAUUUGAUUGUCUGCCAUGUUGGAGAGCUGGAGGAUACCUUAUUAAACUAGGCUUAAACAGAAAGACUGGGAGCGUUUUGUCUGUGUAACCGUAACCAGUUUUUCUGCAGUGUCAUUUUGUUGGAUGUGCAAAGAUGAGCGCAAAGACAAACCUGGUAUGCGGGGUCUGCACGGUCACGCUUCGAGGCGGCCGAGCCCAGCUGGCGCUGGCGGGGUGUUUCUCGACUGGGGACCAGGCUGGUCAGGUGGGUGGAGCAGCAGGACCUGCCCGCCUGACCAGCCUUGGAACAUGACCUUAUGGGAACCCUAAUUCGCCUCCGGGCGCAGCGGCCCUGGCGGUGACGCUUGGUUGGCGCCUCUGCUUCGAUAGUGAUCCUUUUUGCAGAUUCACACGUGGUUACCUCGUUGCAAUUUUAACUUCCUCUAGAUAGUGAAAUUUGUUUUUUAUGAAUGGCUGGCCAGAUUGAGAGCAGCUCCUUGACAAAUGUCAGCAGCUCCUUCUUGCCCGGAUUUCAAGUUGGUGCUGAUAAAUGGCAAAUUACUCAUUGCCCCUCCCAGCUGUAUUGCAGCCAAACACCCCUCAGUAAUUCACCAUUUUUGACACUGGCUCUCAAUCAAAUUUCUCUUUUUAAACACUCAAUUUAAUGGAACAAAACAGUGUUUGGACUUGCAAACAUGGCCACCGCCGUCGUGUCAAGAGGUGCGUGACGGCAUGGAAAAUCUAUUCAACAAAUAAAUCCAUUUUAAUAACAUGAACAUGUUUUAAGCUUAGUUUUACUUACCAAAUGAAUCCACAUUGCACUUGAUGUCCGUCCAUGUUGUGAUUGUUUUUGUUGCUUUACUUAUGGGGGCGGCUGUGGCUCAGUUGUUACAGUGGGUCGUCCAGUGAAUGAAGGGUUGCCGGUUCGAAUCCCGGCUCCGACUGUUAGCAUGUCCAAGUGUCCUUGGGCAAGACUCUGAACCCUGAUUUGCUCCCAGUGGGCCUGGCAGCGCCUCACGUGGCAGCAGUCGCCCAUUGGUGUAUGAAUGCGUGUGUGAAUGGGUGAAUGUGAGGCUUUGUAAAGCGCUUUGGGCAGUGUGAUGGUGUGGAUAAAGUGCAGUCCAUUUACCAUUUAUAGACCAUCAAUAAUUUGUUUAUGUGAGAAUGGUUGAAUGCCACAUACUGUAAGCCGGCUAGUCUUUUUAAAUGGGUUUCUUUAAACAAGCAAUUUAGAUAUUAUGUUGAACUCGCACAUAACGUACAUGUAACAGACACUUAUUUCCCAAUCACUACGUCGGGAUUUUGAUAUCGUGGAUGAGAUCGUUCCCUAAAAAAAAAAAAAAAUCCCUUUAAAGCGAUUGGGGUGUUGGGAAUGAGCGUACGACUGCGUUCGCAAUCAUUUGCUCAUUUCCGACUCCCGGAUCACUAUCGCAAGAUCUUUACAUAGUGGGCAAUAUAGUUGAGUCAUCGGUCAAAUUUGAAACACCCCUCAGGCGCCGUUAAUUACACAAUUGCUGUCGCAUAAUUACAACCUACCGAUAAAUGUCCCAUUAAUGACCUCAUAUGACCUUGUUCACGGAACAAAUUUAAGUCAUCAAGGUAGCACUGUAUUGGGAACAGCCAGCAGUAACAAUCAAAAUGUGUGUGUGUGUGUGUGUAUGGAAGUGGAGGUGGUCAUGUGACUUUGAUGCUAUCAUUUUGGUUAGCCUUUGGGUCAAGCGCUGUUGCCGGAGGUCCCUGAAGGACGCGGACGUUGUGCUUAUUUGCCAGCACAAUGGGACCCAUAAUGACAGCAAAUGGCCGCCAAUGUCCCAUAAUGUCUUUUGGAGCUGAUAGGCUAGCUCAUUUGCAUCUGGAGAUAUGCCCGAUGGACCCGCUGUCCAUUGUGGCGCCAGCCAGAAAUGACUUGCCAUUGUGUCUGUAAUGGAGUCCGUUGUCUCAUGUGUCAGUCACUGCUCGUGCCCGUUGUUGCACGCAUCCAGCGCGCCACAUCGUCAUUGGCGUCAAGGUGAUGUGCGCUUCCACUUCCUGUCUCCGUUGUCAGGCUGCCCGGAUCCUGCUCCUGGAACCCUUCUACGGGGGUUCCCACAAGCAGCUCCUGGACCUGCUAAGUGCCCACCUGGACUCCAGCGUGGCCUUCACCAUGCCUGCCAAGAAGUGGCACUGGAGGGCCAGAACCUCGGCGCUCUACUUCAGCCACAACGUACCCGCCAGCCCCGCGUACAGGGUUCUGUUCUGUAGUUCGGUUCUGAACCUGUGCGAGCUGGUGGGUCUUAGACCGGAUAUGGCCCGCUUGAAAAAGGUUCUGUACUUCCACGAGAACCAGUUGGUGUAUCCGGUGCGCAAAGAGCAGGAUCGGGACUUCCAGUACGGAUACAACCAGAUUCUUUCGUGCCUGGUGGCCGACGCGGUGGUCUUCAACUCUGCCUUCAACAUGAACUCCUUCCUGUCGUCCAUCGCGUCCUUCUUGAAAAAAAUCCCAGACCAGCGGUCCCCCAAAGACGUGGCCCAGAUCAUCCGGCCCAAGUGCCGGGUUCUUUAUUUCCCGCUGCACUUGGCCAACGUCACCAGGCUGUUUCCCAAACACAAACUCUUGUGUGGAGUCACAGGCCCGUCUCACACGGAUGACAUCAUCGCCACGCUGACAGACAGCACUCUGCAAUGUGGUCCGGACCGGCAGUCCGGUCUCGAGCAGCAAUACGGUCCGGACCACCGUCAGGACUCUCCUGGGAAGCCGCUGCACAUCGUUUGGCCUCACAGGUGGGAACAUGACAAGGAUCCUGAGCUGUUCUUCAGUACGAUGGUGAAGUUGAAAGAAGAAGGACUCAACUUCCUGUUGUCUGUACUCGGAGAAAGAUUCACUGAUGUGCCAGAGGCGUUUGCGACCUGCCGCCCUCUGCUGGACUCGCACGUGCUCCACUGGGGUUUCCUGGAGUCCCGAGAGGACUACGUGAGCGUUCUGUGCCAGGCCGACGUGGUCCUGUCCACCGCGCGACACGAGUUCUUUGGAGUCGCCAUGUUGGAGGCGGUGCACUGUGGCUGUUACCCUCUAUGUCCCAACGCUUUAGUUUACCCUGAAAUCUUCCCAGCCGAGUACCUGUAUGCCACCCCCCAGCAGCUUCUCAAACGGUUGCGCAACUUCUGCGCCCAGCCAAGACGCGCACGCGCACACGUACUUAAGGUGGACGUGUCGCGUUUCUCGUGGGACGUCCUCCAGGCGGCUUUCCAAAGUCUGCUGAGCUUAUGAGCACCCCAGCAGGCGGGAAACUUUUUCUUUUUCAUUGAACAGCUUCCUGUUUGAUCAUGUGAUCAUCAUUAAACGUGAUUGGCUGGCGAGUAAAGUAGAA